GCUCUGUGCUACCGCUCGUCAGGAACCUCCCAUGUUACUGUUAUAUCUUUUACUCCACCGUAAUUGUGGUUUCAGAAAUUUUGUGUUGUCGCGGAUAAACCUUGAAAAUCUGGUGGGUUUCUUUUAUGCUACUUAUUAUAAGCCUUCCAAGCCGUUUGUGGAUUCUUUUCAAGUAUUGCCAGUGAUAAAAAUUCUUUACGAGGGUGUUGCUUCAUCCUCUUCAAACUCACACCACAUGUACCUCGCCCUUAUUGUUAUGCUGAUUUUGAGCGAGGAUGAUUUCUUCUGCAAAAUCAUACACGAAACGGGAAUAUGGCAAUGUCCUCAGAUGAUCCAUGAUGUUGACUGGCUGGAAAGUGACCAUCCAAUUAAAGAGAUAUCGUUAGGAGGGCUUUGCGUGCUGGUGUUCGUGCGAACUAUACAUAAGAAUGCCAUUCGAAUGAGAGACCGUUACCUGCACACAAAUUGUCUAGCAGCUCUUGCUAAUAUGUCGUCAUGCUUUAAAAACCUUUCUCCAAUUGUAAUUUAUUCAGAAUUAAUGAAUAGAUUGCACUCGUUUAUGUUCCAGCUGUUGAGCAAGCGUCAUGUGAAAAUGGUAGAACAUAUGCGUUUGGCAUCGGAAUCUAACGAAGGCCAGUCACUUGAAUACCACGAUGAUGUCACUGCUCUCGAGGAAGGUAUCCGAACUUUGCUUGAGAUCAUCAACAGUGCGCUGUGUGGCAACCUUCGCAAUAAUCCUCACCUCAUCUAUACUCUGUUAUAUCAUCGCAACUUAUUUGAUUCCUAUCAGCAGCAUCCCAUGUUCCAGGAUCUUCUUGCUAAUAUUACUCUCGUUAUAUCUCACUUUUCAUCGAAGGUUGUCCACGUUAGUGCGGGGGAUGGUUCAGCUAUGAUGGAAAUUAUAGAGAAGGAAGCUAUUGUUCUACCAACAGAUCGUCUAGCGAAAUUCCCGGAAUUGCGAUUUAGGUAAUA